GAACCGUCCAAAACAAAAAUCACAUGUUUUAAGUAAAUUUAAGAUUUAAAAAAUCUUGGCAAAAUGAUUGCUUAGCAAAGACAAGGCGUCCAAGAGCAAUAGGGGGCUUUCGUUGCUAAAUGCCUUUUCCACGAAGGGUCGGGUGGUGAAGCCGGCAGCAACUCGAACAGAGGGGUCAAGCUAGAGGCAACGAAAAUGUGCACAAUUAAGAGCUUGAAGCAGCUGAACGAACUCUUGGUCGAAGCCGGUUCUAACUUCGUGCUCAUCGACUUCUACGCCAACUGGUGCGGCCCGUGUAAAGUGAUCGCUCCCAAGGUGGAACAGUUAAUCCAGCAGCUCAGUAACCUGACCCUCGUCAAAGUGAACGUGGACGAGAGUGAGGAGAUAGUCGAAGCGUUCGAAGUCGGCGCCCUACCUACCUUCGUGAUGAUCAGGGCGAAGAAGAGGCUGGAGACUUUCGUCGGCAGCGACUUCGACAAGCUCAAGGAGAUGGUUUUGACAGUCGUAAAGAGGAAAUCCACGGCUAAUGCCGGCCGUGUAGUUCCGGGCCCUCCAAUGUCGCCCCAACCGAUGUGUGUUGACAACAAACAACAAAUCCGGAGAAUGGCUCAUGGUUCGGAAGCCCUUCCUCCCGGCCAAGUAAUCAACCAACCCUCGGCGACGAGGCUCAAUCAGCAGCUCUCCGGAACGAGGAUCGAUCAGCAGCACUCUGGCAUGAGGAUUCAUCAGCAGCCCUCCGGCACGAGGAUCAAUCAGCAGCCCUCCGGCACGAGGAUCAAUCAGCAGAAUUCCGGCACGAGGAUCCAUCAGCAGCUCUCUGGCGGGAGGAUCCAUCAACAGUACUCCGGCACGAGGAUCCAACAACAGAACUCCGGCACGAGGAUCCAUCAACAGCACUCCGGCGGGAGGAUCAAUCAACAGCACUCCGGCACGAGGAUCCAACAACAGCACUCCGGCACGAGGAUGGCUAACACUCAUCGUGUUAGACCCGUUUCGUCCCAAGUGUUACCCGUGGAACCUCCGAAAGUCCGGACCCCUUUCCCGGGACCAAACACAAACAAAAAGAGAACUUAAAAAUCUUCCAUUUUGAAAAAGUACAUUCUCGUCGGCGCGAAUGCUGGACCAAAAAAUAGAUUGUACGAGAAAAUAUAAACAUAAAACUUCUCAUACAAUAAAGUUGCUUCCUGUCUUUGAAUAUAA